AUGGGACUGGAGAUGGAGGGAGCUGCAGCGGCCAUCGGAGUGUCGGUGCCGGUGCUGCGUUUUCUGCUCUGUUUUGUGGCCACCAUUCCGGUGAGCUUCCUGUGGCGGUUCGUCCCCGGGGGACCGUCGGCGAGGCACCUCUAUGCUGGGAUCUCGGGGGCGGUCUUGUCCUACCUGUCCUUUGGAUUCUCCUCCAACAUCCACUUCCUCAUCCCUAUGGCGCUGGGCUACGGCUCCAUGCUCUUCCUCCGCCGGCACUGUGGUAUCUUCACCUUCUUCGCCGGCUUCGGUUACCUCAUCGGAUGGUAAUUAUCCGAAUCUCCUCUCUGGAUUUUUACUGUAAGUCGAUGUGGAUAUGGAGUUACCCGCUCGCGGAAGAAUUCAGCGAUCAAGCACAGUCCUAUAUUACACGUGGAGGAUUGUGUUUCUCCUUUUUCCCCGAUGUUUCUUGAACUUUUGUAGCGAUAGAUGAGACUCUCACAGGAAAGCGCAGAUUUGCGGUAGAUCCUGAUGAUGUGAUAUAGGGUUUUUGGUUAUCCAGAAAAAAAUGACGAUAAAAAUACAAAAUUGGAGAAAGUAGUUCCCGAUCUGGUGGCUGAUCAUAUGAAACCAUAAAUUUGUUUGGCUGCACAACUCGAUUUGUUUCAAUAAAUGUUGUUUCCUUUUUUGUUUUCUGGCCACGCGCCUCCUGUCACAUAUCAAAAUGCAGAUCGCCUUUUGCAGGAAGCAUAGCAUGAAAAAUAAAAAUAGGUCAGGCAGGGCAUAAUUCUCCUUGAACCUCAAUGAAACGCGUUUUCUAGAAUCAAAAGUCAACGACGAUUCGACGACUUUUUCUUUGAAAUGAUAACUUUGUUCGGGUGAAGGUAUAGUAGCAUUUCUUUCAUGGAUCCGACUAUAGGACUACAGAAUAACCACAAUAGAUCUAACUGUGGAUUCAUAAGUUUCAUACUUUAUUUUAAAAACUCGUUCUUCGUUAAAGUAUCAGAUGAGAUAAAUUAAAAAAAUUAAAAGGUGAUCAUUUCCAAUAACAGUUCAAAGAAAAAAAAGAAAGCAUUUUUUUUUCAGUCCACGUACUACACCAUACCCUGGUCCAUCUAUUUCUCUUGUAACCAAUAUUUGAGUCCUUUUUGUUAAUGAUACUUAUGGUUUUGAAUCGCAACCAAUAUUUCUUUGCUAUGGUAUAAAGUGUUUUCCAGAUAUGCACUUGUGUGCACGCUUGUUGAACAGUGGUAUACAGUUAAUUUAUAUAUUGAAUAAAUAUUGAAAAAUAUAUCUGUGCAUGUUUGUAAGAGAUCUGUUAAACUCUGUGAUCUCCUGAUGUCCUUUUUCCUAUUUCCUGAAGCCAUGUGUACUAUAUGAGUGGAGAUGCGUGGAAGGAUGGUGGAAUUGAUACAACAGGUGACAUGUUCUUGCUAUCUUAUGCACUUGCAUGCAUUCUACUAUACAUGCCUACAGAAACCGUUAACUGGCUAGACUAGCCAGAUUGUGUUUAUUAAAUGAUAUUUUUAGUUUAACUCAAAACGUCUUGAAGAAGCCCACUGACAUUAGAUCGCAACUAUGUGUCAUUAAUCUGCAGAUCUUCAACGGUUGAGUCCAGAAAUCAAAUGAUAUGACCAAAAAUAUUAGUUGGUUAUCACCAAUGACUGGGCGUACACUAAAAAUAUUAGUUGUCCAGAAGUAAUUCUGGAGCAUCUUUUGAAUUCUGUAAUGAUUUACCGAAAUUAUUUCUUGUACCUUACGAUAAAAGAUGUGUUCCAUCUAUUCAUCUGAAUAUGCUAGAAGUGGUAUUUGUUGGAUAGCUCCGUGAUAUUAGGAGAUGGAAUAGAUGUUAGGAAUUUUUUGUAACACCAGUAGCUUAUUGUAACUUUUUUCUUUUACUUUUGAAUGCUGUUUUACCAGAAUUCUAUCUGAGCGAAGUAACACAUCUGGUCACCACUCUGCAGCAUAAAAAUAGUUGCUAUAAGGUAGAAGUUCGAAUCAAAGGAAGUGGUGUGGCUGUGCGUACUGUUUACUCUAGUGAUGUAAUGAUGGUCUUCAGUAGUUAUUCUUGAUCUUAAUUUUUAGUUGCAUGGUGUUGUGCCACUAACAGGGGUGGAAGUUUCUCAGUGACCUAAUAUAUGAUGUAUCAGUUUUGGGUUUCAUACCCCCUAUUAUCCAUGAUUGUAUGAACUAAUGGUGUGAAUUUCCCCUUAGGUGCUUUGAUGGUAUUGGUGCUCAAAGUGAUUUCAUGUUCCAUCAAUUACAACGACGGUAUAUUGAAAGAAGAAGGACUUCGUGAGGCACAGAGGAAGAACAGACUGCUCUCUCGCCCAUCUCUAAUUGAAUAUUUUGGCUAUUGUCUCUUCUGUGGCAGCCAUUUUGCUGGCCCGGUAUAUGAAAUGAAGGAUUACCUUGAAUGGACAGAAGGGAAAGGGGUAGGUAUCAGAACCUCGUUUUCCUUGUCUUUAUAUGCUUCGUUUUCUUUUUUCAAUCAUUAUAGGCUUUGUGCUUCCGGUUGCCUUCAUCAAGUUUCACUUGAUAGGUAUGGAGUGGUAAGGAAGGGCCACAACCACCAUGUUUUGGUGCUACACUCCGCGCCGUGCUUCAGGCUGCCAUAUGUAUGGGCAUAUACUUGAAUUUAUCCCCAUCUCAUCCUCUUUCUCGGUUUAAUGAACCAAUAUACCAAGACUGGGGAUUCUGGCAGAGGCUUAGAUACCAGUACAUGUCUGGUUUCACCGCCCGAUGGAAAUAUUACUUCAUCUGGUCAAUUUCGGAAGCUUCAGUUAUCGUAUCUGGUUUUGGUUUUAGUGGUUGGUCAAAUUCCUCUCCACCUAAGCCACGUUGGGACCGUGCCAAGAAUGUUGACAUUAUUGGUGUUGAGCUGGCAACAAGUUCUGUUUCAUUGCCUCUUGUUUGGAACAUCCAAGUCAGCACUUGGCUUCGUCACUGUAAGAAAUCAUAUUUUUUCUCCUCAUCAACGUCUUUUCCUCAGGUUAUUUUGUCCUUAUAUUUUAAUUUUUAAUUUUUGACUCUUCUGAAUUUGAGUUCAAAUUAGAUGUUUAUGAAAGACUUAUUCAAAAGGGAAAAAAGCCUGGCUUUCUUCAACUGCUUGCUACUCAAACCGUCAGCGCUGUUUGGCAUGUGAGUUUACGCUUUUUUUAUAUUUUGAAAAAUUAAUUUGCCAUUUUCACGGAAAUUUCGGUUGUUUUGUCCAUGAUUAUUAAUUCUUCCUAAGUUACUCUCCUAUGGUACAUAAGGAAAUUUCCUUGAUGAAAAUUUCUCUUUUAAGAUCGUUGACUAAUGUUUUUUUUCCUCAACCAUGAAUAGUUCUUGAGUUCAUCCAACCGUGGGAGCAUGAGAAACCUCCUUCACCCAUUUCCUUUAUUUCCUUCUGAAAAUGUAGCAUUUAGUCAGUAUGAACUGAUUUUAUUCAUCCUUCAUCUUUGUUCCUUGUGAUGACUGCAGGGUUUAUACCCCGGCUACAUCAUAUUCUUUGUUCAGUCAGCAUUGAUGAUUGCUGGUUCCAAAGGUACUCUUGUCUCCACUUGGUGCAAGUUUCAAUGUUUUCUCCUUUUCUUUGAGUUGGCCUACGAGCAUGUUUGGAAAGACUUCUGACAGAUCUUUUAAUCUUGCAUGAACAGUUUUGUAUAGAUGGCAACAAGCCGUCUCACAAAAUAUUGUGCUCAAAAAGAUUCUGACAUUGGUCAACUUGGCAUAUACGAUAUUGACCCUGAACUACUCGUGCAUCGGAUUCAUGGUAAUGUAUCUAAUUCAAGAAACCCUUGUAUCAAUCUUAGAAAGAUAUACGGUGGUCAAAGUCAGAACGAUUGAUUUUUUUUUUUUUCUCACUGGUUUAUUUUGUCAACACGAAGUCAAGAUGCACAAUUAGGUUAUGAAUUAUUCAUCUAUUUUCCUGCAUGCUAAUAUGCCUGAUCCAAAGGGACCCACCCUCUAAGCAAUCUCAGAAAAAUUAUGUUUGAGCAUUUUCUGAUAUUCAUUGAUGCCGUAUCUGUCAAUAUGAUUCUAACAUAUGCAAUUUAAUCCACCUGUGCUUCUUUUCUAUGUAUAGUCCAAACCUUGCUCCUUCUUUUUAUUUUUCUAAGUAUGGUCCAGGAUUCAUUACUGUAUGUAGUGACUGUCAACAUCCUAUCGACACAGAUAAGUUUUUCCGUUCAAGAAUCUUCGCUGUGUGACAUAUUUGAUUAUUAUCCAUUUAUAGAAACGCUUUUAUAAACCGUAUAAAAUAGUUGACAUCCAAAGUCAGAACUUUGCUCCUAUUUUUUAAUAUCCCCUGGGAUUCAGAUAUAUAUAUAUAUAUAUAUAUAUAUAUAUCAUCAGAUAAAAACCCCCUUUUAACGGCAAUAUGAAAAAUUGGCAGGCAUGAUCAGAACAUGCUUUUAUUUCCGAAUUUGCCUGGGAUUGGUAUCUGCUGCCUGUCAAGAUGCCAAGAACUUUCCUAUUCAGGAACCUUCAUUGUGAUUAAGUGUAAUUAUCCUAAAGUGAUGGCGAUUAAUGCUUUUAUGUGAUUAGUACGCUAUCUCUAAGCCAGUGUUUUGGGAUGAUUUCACAGGUGCUGAGCAUGAAGGAGACUCUGGCCGCAUAUCAAAGCGUCUACUUUGUCGGCACCCUCGUUCCGAUCACCCUUCUCUUUCUGGGCAACAUCAUAAAACCGGGGAAGCCAGCGAGGGCCAGGUCUCGGAAGGAAGAAUGA